AUGUCCUUCGUCUUCUCCAGCAGUCCGGCCACCGGCGAGCUCGUGAAUAAGUCAAUACGAGUCAAGAGAACGCCGCCGCCGCGUGUGCUCGACCUCCCCUGCCUCUGGCGACCGGCGAGAAGGGCAGAGGACGAGCCUGCCGCCGUGCUGAGCAUCCCUCUCCGCUGCGAAGAGCGCCCUGGGAGGCCGAUUUGUUGUAAUUUUCAUGUUUGGUAUUGA